ACAUAAGCGCCGCUGGUGUAGUGGUAUCAUGCAAGAUUCCCAUUCUUGCGACCCGGGUUCGAUUCCCGGGCGGCGCACUUACUUUUGCAAUGUGAAAAGAUGUAUUUGCCCAAACAGCAAACCUGCUGACUAUGCAUAGCAAUAACACUGCAGUAAAACCCAACAUUCUCAUCCGAUUGCGCAAACACAAUGAACUACUCCUGCACGAAGUGAAUAAACGGGUACAUGAAAUGACAAAACGAGCUACACAACUUUUCAGAAACUAGAGGAGGUGAAAAACGCGGCGUCAGGUUGCACAGCAACGCAGCAACAACCACGUUCAUUUCGGCACGCAAGCAAGCCUUGUGGACUGCAUCUACGACGCUCUUUAAAAACAACAAGCAUGACAACAAGGCAUUUUAAUCUUACAACUGAUUUGGCUAGUUCGCUUGGCUAGCUAGUAGGAAUGCAGUGCAGUCUAUGAGAUGCUCUCUGUCAACUAACCAAGAUUUUUUUUCUUCAAAGGAGCUGAAGACGCAGAAUUAGACGGGAACAUAAUAUGAACAAUAUAUAGCUGUCGGAUGCAUUUUAAGUAGAAUCACUUGAAAAAUCGCAGUCCUUUUCCUCCUAUUUUAGUUUGGCUACAUGUGUAAAUCAGAUCAAAUUGAUUGUCGUUAAUGUUAGACCUGGCCGCAAAAACAAAAUGAAACACUUCGAAGACCAGGAAUUAUGCCAGUUCAGACUCGACUUUGAAAACCAGCUGUGGUGCAGACGCGAAGAUAGUAAAUUCAGCACAUGCGGAAACUGCCAAUCGUGCAUCUGUAUACAUAAACUGCACGACACAACGCAAUGGCUCGUCCAAGCUGGACAGACGUUAAAGUUGAAGUUCCUUAUGGGCGUUCUCAUCAGAUGUAAAAGCGUAGGUAUUCUCGAAAACACUCGGAAGAUUAUACAGGUAGCACUUGGGAAAGAUUUCACCUACGCAAGAUCCCGGCAAAAACCAAAAGUGCCGGAUGAACUGACCACUUCGAGUCGCAACAGAACGAUGGACAGAACAUGGUUUGCACGGGAAGUUUUGGAAACAUGGGAUUGGUUCAGCAGCAGCAAGUAUUGGGUCAAAACGAAUUACAUUUUAGGACUUCUAUCUCUGUGCGAGACGGAACUUCUUCAAGCUCUCGGAAAUCUCAUUCGGGUACUCAUUGAGAGAGAGAGACAGGCUUUCCUACUGCACGAUUCUGUCCUGGAUGUUCUUGAGGAUGACACCUCCUCCAUCCCAGAAUCCCACUAUUCCUUCAACCCAGAGGGUCGACCUGAGCUCGAGCUGCUUUUGAAUACCAGGUCCACCUCUAUGGUGCUUGACCUGCCCGGUGACACCUGGGACCCGGAUUGUCCUGAGGUCCCACUGGAUAGUCAGUCAAACUCGCCGCUCAGUAAAGACCAAUGGGAAAGCUUGUGCCCCCCCACGGAAGCACGCUGGGCCAGGUUAGAGGCGCUGGGCUGCAGGGAAGGGGUUUCAGAGAGAAGGAAGGGCGGACGUGGGACUGAAACUCCGUACCCGGAAGAGCCGGCGCUCAACGUGGUCCCGGGUACUUCCGCGUCCCUGUCUGGGGUCAGCCGUCACCGGGACUUCAUCCGGAGCCUUCCUGUCCACCUGGCCAAAUGGAUUCUGGGCCUUUUGGACAGAGCCACGCUCCUCAACUGCCACCACGUGUCCAAACACUGGCGCUUCCUGGCCGAGGAGGUCCAGGAAGAGAUCGAGACCAAAAGGAUGGUGGAGAACCAGGCGAUGAUAAUGCAGGGCAGCUCCAAAGCGUGCGCCAACACCGCGUACAGCAAAAUCCGGGAGGUCCUCGUCCCCGCAGCCGAAAAACAGGAGGGCGUUGUUUCUGAAGUCAGGACGGACAGGGGCUUUGAGUCCGCCUAUUCCGGCUGCACAACAAAAACAGUGGAAAUGGAGGAGAAAAACAUGUUCUGCGGGGCAUACAACAUCCUGGUGCUGUCCCACAAGGAGGAUUCCUCCAGAGUGGUGCACUACAGUGGAGGGCAGCUGGUUGCCGUGGGUUCGCAGGACCGGCUGGUGCGCCUGCUGGACGUGCAGACGAUGAGGGAGCGGUCGCUGGUGAUGCACGGCCACGCUGGAAGCAUCAGGGCCGUGUAUCUGUGUGAGGACCGGGGCCUGGUGUUCAGCGCUGGCUAUGACCUCAGCAUCAGGUGCUGGAACUUGAGGACUGGCGUCUGCACGAUGCUGUUCCGCGGCCAUUUUGGCACCAUAAACUGCCUGGAUUUGCAUGGAAACACGCUGGUGUCUGGGGCCAAGGACUGCAGGGUUAAAGUGUGGGACCUGCGGACGGGGCGGAGCUUCCCGAGGCUGCGUUUUCGGCACGACGGCCCGGUGCUGAGCGUGAGGGCGGGGCGGGGCCUGGUGCUCAGCAGCUGCGACAGGGGCCUGCUGAAGCUCUGGGACAUGGACACUGGGGGGCUCCUCAAGCUCAUAGACAGCCAGCAGGGGUCAGUAAAGUGCCUGCACCUGGACGAGUGGCACAUCCUGUCGGGGGGAGCGGAUGGGUACGUCAUGGCCUGGAGCACCAGCAGGGACCACACCAAGAGCCUGAUGACCUACCGCCACCCGAGGGAGGUGCUGACCCUGACGUUCCUCUUCCUGCGUGUCAUCACCGGCUGUGCGGACGGAAAGAUCCGGGUCUUUGACUUCCUGACGGGCAACUGCCUGAGGGUCAUCAUUUCCAACAGCCAGCAGAGCCCCGUGCUCUCCCUGCACAUACACGACAACAACAUUGUGAUAAACACCAGGACCAGCGUGCUCUUCUUCCAGUUUGGGCAGGAGGGCAGGGAGCUCUCUGAGUCCCCGGAGGGUGAGUGUGUGGACGAGGCGGAGCGGGACUCCCCCAGGAGUCACCCCCACUCCCCCACUUCCCCCACCCUGCCCCAGAGUGCGGCGCAGACGGGAUCCAACAGUGGGAUGGUCCAGAGCAACUGGAAGCAGGCUGAGAAGGACUCAAUUUCCCAUCACGCUCACUGCCUGUCCAUUCCCAGCAUGCAGCGGGAAAAGAGUGCUCAGCAGAGGCCUCUCAGACCAGCCACGGGUUCGGUGCUCCGAGGACGCCCCCACAGCCAGGCCUACAGCGGUCUGCAGCCAGACCCAAACGCAAAGCCCCCCACGGCCCUCUGUCCCAGGACAGGCACCAGCAGGACCAGGCAGAGGCCCAAAACCACCCCGUCCUGCUCCGUGAGAGAGCCCGUCAUCCCGGUGAAGUUUGGGUGUUCCCUCAGUGGAGGGGCCAAAAAGAAUGUGCUCAGUCAAUCGCCCACUAAUAAACACGCCCCCUUGGAGACCAAUGUAUCCCAGCAGCCCUGGCCGUGCAACCGACCCGGCUGCAGCAUUCACCCUAAUGUGGGUGUGUGUGAAGCUUGGGGGUCCCCCGAUUCUCCCCUUCGGACGCAACCGGGGGCCAAAGCGCCGCUGCCGGGGACAACGAAGCCCGCCACGCCCCCUGCUCCCAGCUCCGCCUCCUUUCCUCGCCGCCGUCCUUUACACGGCUACCAGAACCGCCCUUUCACCGCCGCUCCCAAUGUGGGGCGUUCCCAGACGGGACAGGGACUGGGCGACCCCCGCCCCAGCCCCAGCGUGGAGUCGGGGAAUAAGCAGUCGGGGGUCCCGUACGGGCUGGGGUGUGGGAAAACGGUGUGCAAAAUCGGGGCCUUCACAACCACAGCGGAGCGGGACGUCAUCCCGGAGCGGUGCGUGCUGAUGAGCGCCCCCUCCGGUCGGCCGCGACCCCGCGUGGCUUUCGACGCGCCCUCUGACCCCGCCCCCACACAGGCCGCCGCCUUCGACCCGUUCCGGAAGCGCUCGCUGUUCCGCCUGCUGACGGCCGGGCAGCAGGAGGAGCGGGAGAGGGAGGUGCUGCGGGAGCACGAGGAGGCGCGCGCCAGAGAGCGCCGCAGAGAGGAGAUGCAGAGGAGGAAGGCCUGGCGCAUGAUGGCCAAAGGGCUGCCUUGCGCCCUCUACAGGAAGGAGGACCAAAUACACGCCCCUGAGUUGGGUCCUGGUACAUACAUCUGAAACUCAUACAAUCACACAUACACACACCCACACACGCACGCACACACGCACGCACACACAAACGCACAUGUGAACGAGAAGACACACACACACACACACACACACACAGGUCUCCACACCUGUUUCCCCCCUCAGAUGUCCAUAUGGACUCUGAUGGCUUCCUGUGCUGAACGAGGCGAUUGUGAUAGUGACAAUGAUUUAUCAGCACUGAGUUUUCCAGGCCAGCACCAUGCACUUAAUUCACUGUUAUUAUAUCACAGUUCACUAACUCCCAAAAAGCCAAUGAAGAUCAUGUGUGCAUUGCUAAGUGUUGUAUAAAUAUAUAUUCUACUGUGUGACAGCUCCCACUCCCCAACUGCAGUAUGGGAGGUAUGUGUAUUUUUUCAGGUGCCGGACAAAAUGGUUUCCUGUCUUUAAGUGUACAUGUGUAUUGGUUGGCUUGUCAGUUUAUGAGUUAAGGAGGCCCUACUAGUGUUCAUGUUUUAUAUUGGUGUGAAUCUAAGGACAAAGUAGAUGAGUGUAUCCCCCCUCCCUCUUUCCUGUAAAGAACUGAGUGUAAUAAAAAUAAAUGAACUAAUUGCCCCCCCCCAAAAAAAA